AACAAAUCGUAUAGUAGGCCUAUACGACACCGAAAACCUUGACGAAGUAGGCCUACGACUUCGAAGUCUUGGCGUGUUUCGUCGCUUCCGAUUUCAAGCUCGUGUGACGUAAUCAGACAAAUUACACAACGAUGACGGAUGAACAAAGUGCAAGAAUGUCCCACCUGUACCAAGAAAUUUCACCAAAGGCCGAGCUUUUUCGCUCUAAGCUUAUCGAAGAUUUUCACCUCUUGGAGAGUUUUGACGAACAAGGCCUAGUGGAUGCUCCAGUACACUAUUCUAAAGACAUUGCAGAUAAAGAUUUUCUGAACAAAGUGAUGAUGGACAACGCAAAUGAAUUGAUAAAAUUCCAAGUAUAUUCAAGUAAAGAUAAAUCUCAAAUCAAAAUGAGCGAUAGACGAAAAAAUCGUGUAAUAAACAAAAACGCAAAAAAUCCACCUUUGGAUAUGUGGGCACAUUUCGUUCUUGAGAGCUCUUUAUUUCAGAACUUCAUGCUGUUGCUCAUCUUAACGAAUUCUAUUGCGCUUGGUGUACAGUCAGAGGUAUCUGGUAACACUAAUCCUGAGCUUGAUGGCCUGAGAUUCGCUUUGGAGAUAUUUGACUACUGUUCAUUAAUCCUGUUCAUGAUGGAGAUCAUUCUGAAGUGGAUCGACUGCUUCUGGACCUUCUGGGGAAAUGGAUGGAAUAUCUUCGACUUCAUUGUUACCGUCGGGUCGUUUGUUCCCGAAUUGAUCGCAUUCACAGCCGGCGAUCUAAAAGAGGUGCGCGUGAUCGUCAAUAACUUACGUGUGUUCCGUAUUCUACGUUCUCUGAAGAUGGUCUCUCGCUUUAGACAGGUUCGCCUCAUCGCUUUAGCAAUUACCAAAGCUUUUAAUGCAAUGACGUUUAUCAUGCUUCUUCUGUUCACGUUCGCCUACAUUUUUGCCAUCGCCGGCGUGAUCUUUUUCGACAAUUAUUCACGAUCAGAUCGCGAAGAUCUUAUAUACAAGAAUAGUUUCAGUAAUCUGGGACGCGCUCUGAUUACGCUCUUUCAGUUGUUCACUCUUGAUCAGUGGCACAAGGUACUUACUGACAUCUGGAAGGUGUCUGACAAAUUAUUUACGACCUUCUACAUCAUCCUGUGGAUCUGCAUCGGUUCUUUCAUCUUUCGCAACAUCUUCGUCGGCAUUAUGGUAAACAACUUCCAGAACAUCCGCAAUGACUUAUUCGACGAAGUUCGUGAACAUGAAACAACACGCAAAAUGAUCAUGGACGCUGAAAAAUUUUCCGAAGAACUUAACAAGCAUGACAUGGGCUUGAUUAAAGCCAGACGCGGAAGCGAGAUGCCAUCUGCGACAAAUGCAGGUGGUGGUCUCAUCCCGAGUGAUGUUAAUGCGAAGAACCAGAAGACGUCAUCGGGGUUCAAGAAUCAAUCUGAUCUGAUGAAGAGCAUCAGUCAUCGACUGAUGGACACCCAACAGAAAUCAAAUAAUUGGGAGAAAAUGGUUCAUGACAAUCUAGAAAUUCUGUCACGGACACCAACUGAAACUUUAUGGCCACGAGACACUCUUUUCCGGUAUCUCCAGCAGAUGGAAGCCUUGCAAGAGAAUCUGGAAGAACGUCAAGACCUGCAGAAUCUGGCAUAUCAUGCAUUGCUGCAGAUAUUCGACACACAACAUAAAGACCACUAGAAGAUCGGAUCUGCUGCAGAAAGAAGAGGCCAAACAAAUGUUGUUGUCCAAGCACAAUGGCUAUUAUUAUAGUAAUCAGAGCAGGGUGGUCAGAAUGUCUUUUUACACUAAAGCCCUAUUCAGACUAUCAAACUUUAUUUGACAAAAACAUGUGACAUGCCUAAAUAUGGUCAUGAUGACAUCAUAUUAUGACCAUAUAUAGGCACAUCAUGACUAUAUAUGGGCAUACAACGGGGGUU